AGCACCAGCACCGGAGAGCGCAUCAACACACUGCUUCCGAUUUUCCGUGUUUCCAUCGUUUCGUCCGGCAGCAGCUGAUGGAAAGCGCGUGGUGGAUGACGACGGGACCUGGCGGCGCUUAAGAGGAUUCGAUCUGGUUUGCUCUCCGACUGUAAGCAGUACGACCGUGGCGGAUGCUCCUUUAGAUGCGAAUCGCAUGCCGGUCAUUCAGGACGUGUACGCGCGCGUGAUUUUCGUCGGUUUCUGAGAUUGAUCUUUCGGGCUUUCAAUCUGUGCGGUGGUGCUUAACAGGGCAAAGUUAUGAAGUUGUGAUUGCGCCCAGCAUAGUUUCCGCUGAUUAGCCUGCUGUGGGUUGGUAAGAGGGGGCUCCGCGCGAGUGAUACUUCCGCGUGACCAAGCGGCCCAGGAAGUGCGAGUGUGGAACCGGGUUAAAGAGUGGAUCGGGACUAAAUGGCUUCAUUAGCGGCGCCCGGGAGAGUAUCAUUGCAGAGUUCUUCGCGAAGAAUGUGAACUCCGUGAGCUGUAGACUACCAGAUAGCUGCGCGCUGUUGUUUUUACCAGGGGGUCACCGGACGGACGCAAGUCCUUUGUGUUUUCGGGCGGCACUCGUUCCACGUUAGGAAGGCAAAACGAGAGUGUGUGUGGGGUAAUAGCAAAAAACAGCGGUAAAAGCAAAUAUUUGAGUGCUCUCCAGCGAAAUUGAAUGUGCUACUACUGCUGACCGAGUGGCCGUCGGACGAGUUCUGCUGCGUGGUCCACGACCGGGGAUAGUAGUGAUAGUGUGCUUCUGUGAUACCCCCGUGCCGUGGCGGGGUCGUGAAGUGGAAGACCGAGAAUUGCGAGGCCAAGUGCGCGCUCCUCGAUAUGCCAGCAGGGGUGGAAAAUUGAGCUGAAAGUUAUUGGCGAGCCGGGUCGGGUCGGGUGUUCACGUUGCUGGGAAUAGGUAUUUGCCGCAGCACGCUGCGCUCUGUGACCACUAUACACUGGGUACAUACCUAGAGCUUAAAAAUCAUACAGAGAGAGGAAAACAAAGAAGUGCAACUGCAGCAGUCGUGCGGUGAGGUGGGAAGACACGAGCAGCAGCCAAAUAGUUUAUGAAAGGAAUGGGAUCGUACCGUGUCGAAUGAAGGAAAAAUAAAAACCAGUUCAGUGUCAUUUAUCCUGCCUGCCUGCAGUGGAAAAAAAAUAAAAUAAAAAUACUAAAGCACAGUGUUCGGGAAAGUAGCCGUGGAAAAUAAAUGUGUUUCCGAAUGGGAGAGAAUAAAAAUGUGCGAAGGUGAAAAACCAGGUGCUUGAAUGAAUGGCACAAUAAUACAGUGAACCGGGCACAACAACGGCAAUAACAACAGCAAUACGGACGAUAAGGACUACGACACUUAAUGAAUGCAGAUUGGACGUGAUUGAGAGUGCGAAAGAGAUUUGUUUAUUCAGCCUCUCUGUGAGCCUGUGCCUACGAACAGCCAUCCUUCCCGCAGCCGUUGGACACGCUCCGUCACCAUCCAUCGCACGUCACAGGGCCGCCAGUCAAAAACGGCAUAAUAGCUGUCAUUCCGGCACAUGAAGCGUGUCGAUAUGGAGAAUAUAUCGCUGGGAUGAACACAACAAAAAACGGUCGUUCCAAAAGAGCAUAAUUAAAAUAAUAUUUAUGAAUAGUAGAGCCAAGGGAAUCGGAACCCAUCGUCACAGAAGCAGGGAGGCCACCGAGUAUAAGUCAAAGACCUGCUGCUCCCAUAGCUCACUCUUGAAGAAGACUCCAUCCAGAAGAACCGGGAAAGUGUGCCGCAUGCGUGCAUAUGUCAGCAUCCGAGAUGAGAUGAAAACCGAAGUGUAUGGUGCAGUGUAGACAACGACGGGGCGAGGAAAUAAAAACAAUAAAAUUAGCUUCCGACAGUGCAGUGAGUGGUGCGCCGGCGACGAUCGACACGGAGGGCAUGUAAACACAUGAAAAAAGAAAAGAUUUCGGAUUUGAGUGGCGGAUAAGAUAUAGGCGUUAUGUUUGGGAAAACGACGGCGGCGAUAUUCGAAGAUUCUCCAGCAUCAACAACGCCGCAGUGGUAAUGCUCGAACCAGGAACGCCGCCAGCUGAGCUCAAGUGGGCAAUUAAAAAUUAAUGUGGAAACAAGUCAAUCUCUCGAGACGUGGAACGGCGGCGGCGGUGGCGGUGGUGAACAAGAUUUCGGGCACGGUCGUCCUUCCCUCCGCAUAAUCGUUAUGGGAAAAGUGUGAACAGGGUGUGAACUGACUGUGGGCAUAAGGAGUGAUUCAACGAGCCAGUGAAGUGCAGUGCAGUGGACGACGACGCGACGUGAGAAUAUUUAGUGAAAUCAAAUUUAACGAGAGAGUGUGUGUUUUGGGAAACAUAAACAUGUUGCAACGACGGCAGCAUACGGGGAGCAGUGGUGGGUGUUGGUUCGACCAUGUGACGACCGGCGGAAGUAGCCUUCUGCAGAGGCUCAUCAGCGUCGGGAUACUGCUGCAGAUUGCUGCAAACUUCGCUAUCUGUUCCGGAGCGAUACGAAACGUGCACCUGGUGGUGGACCCGCCGGCCGUCCGACGAUCCCAGCACGCCACCCUCCGCUGUCUGUACGACCUGGGCGACUCGCCACUCUACUCGGUCAAGUUCUAUCGGGGCCUGCGGGAGUUCUAUCGAUACCUGCCGAGCGAGUACCCGGAGAAGAAGGCCAUUCCCUUUCCGGGAAUCAACGUGGACCUUCUACUUUCAAACGCCAGUCAGGUAGUGAUCCGAAACGUUGGUUUCGGACUGUCUGGAAACUUUUCCUGCGAGGUGACCGCAGAUGCACCGCUGUACUCGACGGCGACCGGACACAUCCAGAUGCAAGUGGUCGAACUACCCGACAAUGGCCCGACCCUGUGGACGGAGCACAACCGCUACGAGCCCGGAGAUGUCCUGCGAGCAAAUUGCAGUUCACCACCCUCCCGGCCCCGGGCCGACCUGAAAUUGACACUGAACAACAUUGUGAUUUUCACCCCGGAUCAAACAAUACGAACAACGACGGACAAUCUGGUGACCACGGCCAUCUCGUUGCGGAUUCAUCUGCAGAGUUCGCACUUUGCCGGGGUGCAGAUGAGUGGUGGUGGUAGUGGAGGUGGCGUAGGCGGUGGUACUUUGGUGCUACGCUGUACGGCCACCAUUGGGACGCUGUACGAGCGGUACUCGGAGCUGGAGUUGGGCGCUCCGCAGCGGGAUCCGGUUCCUGCGAGGGUCACACUGACCGGUGCCGCAAUGAGCAUCUACAGUACAUCGUGCACACUGCUCCUGCUUCUGAUGUGCAUCUGCCUGGCACUGCUGCCACUGAUGAAUGGAAACCGAUUAGCCGGCACUGUGGAACCAUCGCCACCACCAGUCCAACGAAGAUAGUCAGCUUAAGCGAGCAGCAGCAGCAGCAGCAGAGAGAGUAGUGUCCCACCCGAAAGUCCUGUCCAUGAAAGCACACCAAAAACGAUAAUUGAAAAAUUCCCCGUUCCCUUUCUAAAAUUGAAGUUUUGUCUCCCACUCGAAAAAGUAACAAAAUUCAUCAUCGCCAGCAACCCGUUCGCGGUGCAACCUGCUGAUGUGCUAAUGGAACGGAACGGGAAUACUUGAAACAAUCCCCUCGAUGACGACGACACAGGACACAAGAUAUAGGACAUGGGACACAAGGAUCCUUGUGUUCAAUAGAUCUGCUUGAGCUUUUGGGUGGGAGCACUGCAGCAAGCAUACAAAAAAUACUGGCACUUUGGUGGUGCCAAUUCAAGGGAAUGGAUGGAUCCCCUGUACUGUAGGAAACCGAUUUUAUAUAGUUUGGGUAUGUGCGAUACGAAAGUUGAACAUUUUGUAAGAGGUGGUGAAAAUUGGGAGCGGAGAGGGAGUCACCAUCAUCGUCGUCGGGACAAGACUGGUGUAAUGAUAGUUUUAUGUAGGUUGUGGAGCACCUUCUAUAGAUUUUAGGAAUGAGGCCACGAUGGAUGUUGACUGCUACUCUGGUGUGCAAAAAUGUAUUAAAACAGGGUUUCGAAUAACCUUAGACUACUGCUUCUCAUUAGAAAAAUACAGUUUACCAGAAAUUUAUGAAACAAGAAUUACUAUGAAACCUUCAAUCAUGAAAUUAUUGUUCUAAAAUUUCAAAAAUAUUUUCUGGAAUUAUCAAGUCAUAAAAUAUGAGAUAUUAAUUACUGAAAAAAUCUCGAAUACUUGAAAAACUUAAUGGUAAAGCAGCUGGAAAAUUUCUUAAGGAUCUCCUAGAUCUUCUUUGAGAAGUUCUCGAGAAAUUCCUUGAUAAAUCCGACAAUUGUUCAUUUGAACUUAAUAAUUUGAUCACGAUUUUCAAUUUUUUCAAUUUAUUCAAUUUUUUAUUGAAUUGUUAAAAAAUCCGUUCAGGAAUUAAAUAUGGUCAAAUCUUGGUAUUAGGGAUUAACUGCAUACACGUCUCCAAGCCUCCAGCCAUUUUGAUUUACUUUAUGAGUAUUACUGAAAGCUCCUCUUUGGAGUCACCAUUGAUUAUUACGGCCAUUGCCAGAAACUCUCCCCAAACCUGUUGGAAACGAAAUUCUAAAGCUUGGUCUGAUUUUUCUUGAUUAUUUGAACAUCAUUUGCACAACUUCAGCAGAAGCCGUACGGAUUUUCCACGGAAUAAAAAAAAACUCUUGUCCAAUGGUGAGGCAAGAUUUGUUAUUUUAAAGGCUCUUGAGACACUUCAGAAUCAUACAAAUACUAAACAAAUCUGAAUACCUGGAAAAUGUUCUUGUAAAGUGCCUGGAGAAAUUUCUGAAGCUUACUUCAACAUAGACCUGAUUGAAAAAAGUUCAAUUCCUCCAGGAAUGCCUCUAAGAAUUCCUCCUGGGAUUUCUCUAGGAAUUUCUCCUAGAAUUCUUCCUAGAAUUUCUCCUGAGAUUCCUUCAGGAAUUUCGACCGGAAUUCCGCCUGGAAUUCUUUUAGGCAUUCCUCCUGAAAUUCGUCAAGGAAUCUCUCCUGGAGUUUGUCUAAGUAUUUCUCGUGGAAUUCCUCUAGAAAUUCCUCAAGAAAGAUCUCCUGGAAUUCCUCCAGGAAUUUCUACUGAAAUUCCUCUAAGAAUUAAUGAUGAAGAUCAUCAUCAUCAUCAUCAUCAUCAUCAUCAUCCUGGAAUUCGUAUAAGAAUUCCUCCUGAGAUUUCUUUAGGAAUUCCUCCUGGAGUUCCUCAAGAAAGUUCUCCUGAAAUUCCUCCUGUAAUUGGUCUAGAAAUCUCUCCCGGAAUUUCUCCAGGAUUCUCAAUUCCAACUGAAAAUCUUCUACGAAUUCCUCUAGGAUUUCCUCCUGGAAUUUUUCAAGGUAAUCCUCCUGAAAUUUCUCUAGGGAAUCCUCUAGCAAUUCCUCCUGGAAUAACUUAUGGAAUUCUUCCUAGAAUUCCUCUAGGAAUUUUUCAUGGGAUUUAUUUUGGAUUUUUUUCUAAAACUCCUCAGAGCAUUCUUCCUGGAAUUCCUUUAGGAAUUCCUCCUCAUAUUCUUCUAUGAAUUCCUCCUGCAAUUCCUUUAGGAAUUCGUCCACGAAUUUCUCUAGGAAUUCCUCCUGGAAUACCGCUAGGAAUUUGUCCUGCAAUUGCUCCUGGAAUUUCUCUAGGAUUUUUUCCAGGAAUUCCUCUUGGAACUCCUUCUGGGAUUCUUCCUGAGAUUCCUGGAAGAAUUCCUCUGAAAUACUAGAAAGUCCUCCAGCAAUUUCUCUAGGAAUUCCUAGUGGAAAUUUGCUAGGAAUUUUUCUGGAAUCCCUCUUGGAUUUUUUCUAGGAAUACGUCCUGGAAUUCCUCUUGUUCUUCCUUAAGCAAUUUUUCUAGGAAACCCUUUAGUUAUUCCGUCUGGAAUGAUUUUUGGAAUUCUACCUUGAGUUCCUCUAGGAAUUCUUCUUGGGCUAAAUUUUUGAAUUCUUACCAAAAUUCCUCUGAGAAUUAUUGCUGGGAUUCCUUUAGGAGUUCAUCAUGGUAUUCUUCUCUGAAUUCCUCCUGAAAUACCUCUGAGAAUUCCUCCUGGAAUUCCUCCUGGAAUUAGUCCUGGAGUUCCUCCUGGAAUUCCUCCUGGAAUUCCUCCUGAAAUUCUUUCUGGAAUUCCUCCUGGAUUUCCUUCUGGAAUUGCUCAUGCAGUUCCUGCUGAAAUUUCGCUAGGAAUUCCUCCUUGUAAUCCUCUAGGACUUCCUUCUGGUAUUCCUACUGGAAAAUCUCCUGAAAUUUAUCUUGAAAUUCCUCUAGCAUUACCUUUUGGAAUUCCUCCUGGAAUAAUUUUUGGAAUUCCUCCUGGAACUCUUCAAGGAACACCUCUUAGAAUUUGUUUAGAAAUUCCUCUUGGAAUUUCUCUCGGAAUUCCUCCUAGAAUUUUUCUAGGUAUUCCUCCUGGAAUUCUUCUGGGUUAACCUACUGAAAUUUCACUAGGAAAUGUUCAAGUAAUUCCUCAGGGAAUAUUCCUAGGAAUUCCUCGUGGGAUUUAUUUUGAUUUUUUUCCUAAAAUUCCUCUUAGAAUUUUUUUCUAGAAUUCCUUCAGGAAACUCUUCUGGAAUUCCUCUUGGGAUUCUUCCUGAAUUUUCUCUAAGAAUUCUUCCUGGAAUUCCUCUAGAAACUACUCCUGGAAUUAUUCUUCUCUUGGAAUUCCUCCUAGAAUUACUCCAGGAAUUCCUCCUGAUUUUUUUUUUUAGAAAUACGUCUAGAAGGUUCGCCUGGAAUUUCUCUAAGAAUUCUUCCCGGAAUUCCUCUUGGCAUUUCUUCUGGAAUUCAUCUUGAAAUUCCUCUUGGAAUUCAUCUUGAAAUUCCUCUUGAAAUUCCUCUAGGAAUUCUUCUAGGGAUUCCUCCUGAAAUUUCUCUAAGCAUUCAUCCUGGAAUAACUCUAGACAUUCCUCAUGGGAUUCCUCUAGGAAUUCUUAUUUUUUUUUCUACAGAUUCCCGUUGCAGAUGUUCCAUUGCAUAAAAUAAUUUAAGUAUUUCAGAAAAAAUGCGCCUGAUUUGAUAUCUCAAGUGCUUGCAGGGCAUUUUCCCAAAAACGUUGGAAAAUAUAUAGUCCGGUCUGACUUAACGCCGGCUAGUUACUAUUCAUUUACUGUAUGUUAAAAUAAUUCACAUUGUACCAGUACACCGCGUCUAGGCGCCAUGUUAGUGGUAAAUGGUGAAAAACACCAUGGAGUCUGCCAAGAAAAGGUAUGGUUUUCACCAGAAACUUAUCAAUAAACUCCACUGAAAAACUUUCUAUAAAUCCUUCAAACAGAUAUGUUAGAUCAUAGUUUUCAUGAUUAUCAACAGGAAAAUCUCCUAGAGUAUUAUUGAAUAUUCCUCUUUUGGAGCCGCCAUUAAUGACCACUUUCAAAUUCACCAUCUACGUAUGUUCGUUUUAGGUAAAUCCAGAAAAGGAUGAGGAAACCCAGAUACAUGGAGAUAAAACCUCCAUGGACACAGCUGUAUAGAAUUCCUUCCAAGAAAUUCAUAAUGAAAUGAGCUCAGACAAUAAGAAAAAGAAAAAUUGAAACGUAAAAGCUUUUAGAGAUUUUAGCGUACACAUUUCCACAAAUUCCACUGGAAAUAUCUAAAACAAUUACAUUAAAUCGUCAUUUUCAGAGUUGCAAACAGAAUUUUCUCCAGGUGAUCAAUCAUGGUUCCCUCGUCUGCAAGUCUUACUGAAUGUUCCUCUUUAGCAGCCACCUUAAAUGGCUAGAGCCUUUGUCAGAAGUUAGAAUGUUUCAAGAAGUGUCAAGACAUGUCCCGAAAACGAGGACAAUUUGAUAUGAACACUUUUUGCUCAGAAGGAGUUUUACUGAGGUUAGUUUGCAUGGAGGGCCAGGCAAUAGCUCCAUGGAGACUUCCACAAGUUUGUACAUAGGUUCUCUGAAGAACCUGCCUCAUGUAGGAAUUUUCCCACUUACAGAGGGUGGCCAAAAUGUUUGGGAUAGCAACUUUUUUUCUUUCAUAAAAAAGUUCAACCUGCUGUAAAUAUUCAUAGAGUGCAUGAAAACUCUCAAAUUUUGACUGUUUGUCAACCUAUUAUUCGUGCAUCAUUGGUACGAAUUUGAGCUCGAUUGGUUGAAACUUCGCGAAGCUUGAACCGUUCUCACAAAACACUUUUUUUUGACAACUUAUUUUUGAACUGUCAUAUCUCGGAAACCAGUGAACUGAAUUGAAUGAAAUUUUGAACGUUUAUCAACAACAUAUUGAUAUCAUAGAUGAAUUUUGGUACAGAACAAAUUCUAGGUUGUUGAAAAUAAGUUGCAAAUUGUAUCUGUGUCUAGUUGACUCUAGUGGAAACCUUGUACAUAAAAUUCUCCAAAACGUACACCAGAGGUGCAUUUGAGAAUUGCACUAGAAAAAAAAAUCAUUUUAAGAUUUCGCCAUUAAGCUUUGCUCAAAUUCCACAGAUAGUUUUUGAAACAGAUUAGCGAGGCUUUGUUUGUUCAGAUAUUUCUGAAACUAUUGCUCCAGGUGAUCAGCCAUUAUAAAUCACUCUAGGCGUCUUAUUAAAUGUUCCUCUUUGGAAGUCACCUUAACUGAAUGUCCCUUAAAAGUAAAUUGAAGGGUGUUAAAAAUUGGUAGCACGGAUUGCUAUGCAAUAUGUACGUACCUGCACGGAAACUUUAGUGUAUACAGUUUUAUUUUUCUAGACGUGCACCAGAAAUGUGUCCCCGGAAAAACUGAGAAAAAAAAAUCGAAAAAUUAAAAUGCCAGAAAUGAGUCUGGAAAAUUUGAGAAAAUAUUUAAACUUUUUGAGUUUUUGCCAGACAAUUUUCCACAAAUUCACAAAUUCAGACAUUCCUCUACCAGUUUUGAUAGAUCUUGUUUUCCAGCAAUUAAUGUAAAAGUAGUCAUCAGUUUUUUUUUUCUUGGAAUCAACAUUCAAUUAAUUGAUAAAUAAUUAAAUAAAUUACUGUUUAAAGUAAAUGUUCCUUCUUGGAAGUAACCUUAAAUUAUCUCUGUUUGGAUAUUCGUUAUGAGAAAAUUAUGGUGUUUGAAUAAUAACCAACACGAAGUAAUAACAGUACAUCAAUGAACAUUUUCAUGAGCUUUGUUUGAAAUUCCUUCCUAUAAAUUCAACAUAAAAUUAGCCAAGAAAGCAAAAUUCGAGAAAAUAAUGAAAAACAGAAAUUUUUAGAAUGUCCGUCCCACUGGAAAUUCGAAAUGCUUGGGUAAAAUAUUGGUUUUUAGGAUUGUUAGCGGACUUUUCUCCAGGUGACCAGCUAUUACACAUUUCUCUGUAAAUCGUUCAAGUAAGUGUGUUAGAUCUAAGUUAUCGGGACUAUUAGCAGAAAUGUCUCCAGAUAUUAAGCCAUAAAAAAAUCUACGAGUUUCUCCUCUUUGGAGCCACUAUAAAUGGCUGCUUUCGAAUACACCAUUAUCGCAUUGUCGUAAUGGACCCAGCCGUAGAGCAAGGCAAAGCAUAGCAAAGAUAACCGAACACAUCGUAGUUGCUACUUCGUGUUUGGCCAGAACAAUCGAAGUUGCACAGAGAACCAGUGAAUGGUGCUUGGGAAUAACUACACACUCUCAAUGUGCACAAUUCGAGAAUUCGAUAUUUAAAAGUCAAUAACGGUGCCGGCCACGUCCUUACGGUCAUCGGGAAAGGGAAGGGAUGUCAGUUCGACAACCGUUGUUACUAGAAACCGUAGAAUCCACAGCAUUCUCACAGUUGUCUCGGGAAGGAGUAUUUGUUAGUAGGGCAGGGUAAGGCGUGGAUCUUGGAGCCACCUUUGGUAGGUGAUGUGAUCUACUAGUUAUACAAAAAUACACUUCGCGCUCAUCAUCACGAUUAUGAAUUGGUCGCGAUAUUAAGGGUAAUGCACAUACGUCAACGAUCGUUCAAUAUUAAAUGCGUCACCGCAUUGAUUGGUUAACUUAACCGUGAAGACAGACUUCCCCACGAAAGUUACAGCGCGUUUCUGAUUGCGCAUUCAUUAUUCGCGUUCCCAUCUCCCUACCGAGAAAACUGACCGACUCACGAAAAUAGUCGCGCACUUCUCACAGUACUUACAGUAUACGGAGAAUAAACUUUCAAGCUUAGAUAGCUAUUUUCGAAUUAUGUAUUUUACUAAGAGUAAUCCCAUGUGUAACCUGUGAUCGACGGCCGUUGAGGUAAUUAAGCCAAUUAUUUUUAAUUUGCUCAAAGAUUGUUGUGAGCUUAAAUUACUUUCUUUUAACAUUUUAUCGCUUCAAUAUUAGGUCAGCACCAAAACAACAAGAUUAAUUUGCUGAUAUUACCUCCAGGACUCCAGGAAUCCUCAUGAAAACGAAUUGGCGAAAUUGCCCAACUCCUUCAAGGAUGUAAAGAAAAAAAUUGGAAUGAUAUCGCCGAUUUCAAUAAGUGUUAGAGUAUCUCAGAAACGAAGACAAUUUCAAAUGAACACUUUUUGUUGAAAAGGAGUUUGACUGGGUCUCCAGAUAGCCUAGUGGUUAAGGCUUUGGAUCGCUCAUCCAGAGACGGCGGGUUCGAUUCCCGUUCCAGUCGGGAAACUUUUCUCGACUCCCUGAGCAUAGUGUAACAUUGUACUUGCCACACAAUGUACAAAUUCAUGCAAUGGCAGGCAAAGAAAGCCCUUGAAUUAAUAACUGUGGAAGUGCUCUAAGAACACAAAGUUGAAGAGAGGCAGGCCAAGUUCCAAUGAGAACUUCGAGUCAAAAAGAAGAAGAAGAGUUUGAUUGAAGCUAGUUUGAGUGGAGUGGCAGGCCAAUACUUCCACGGAGAUUUCUACGAGCUUGUACCGGAGUUUUUUUAACGAAAUGCAUCAUGUAAGAAUUUUCUUUCAUGUUCCAUAGGAAAUCGCAUAAACAAUUUUGAUGGAUCUUAUUUUUAGACGAUCUUUUGCGUUGGAAUACUCCGUUAUUAUUCUUCAUGGCAGCCUUAUUGAAUGUUCACCACUGCAAUUCACCAUGGUCGAUUUUUAUAAGGGACAUAAUCUAGAGUAUGGAGAAGAAGGCUGACUGAAUCUUAAGAAGAAUCUAAAGCUUAGAAGAACCUAAAGAAUUCACAGAAAAUAUUGAUAUAUUAAAAAUUUAAUAGCUUGUUUUAGGAAGGUUUCCAGAAAUUCUACUGAAAAUCACUAAAAUAAUGGAUCUUGGUUUUAAGGAUGAGCAUUAUUUCAGAUGAUAUUUCAGUUGACUGGAAUGAAAUGCGGUUUUUUCUCCAGGUGAUCGGCCAUUAUACGUUUCCUUUGAAGUCUUCAGAAGUCCACAAUAUUUGGAUAUUUUGGAAGAUAACAAAUUGAGAGUGUAAACAGUAAGUAGCACGGAGUGCCAAUCAAUAUCUUUACGUAGACUUUCAAGAGUUUGUUCAGAUUUUUUUUUACCGAAAAGUGCAAAGAUAUUUGAAGUGAAUGUGUCUAGAAAACUCAAGAAAAAUCUUUUUUCCGAACAAAAUUUUUCAUAAAUUUUACUGAGUUAGGGCGGAAUUAAAAGGUACGAAACUAAUUACACUCAUUCGAAGAGGGUAUUCUAUAAGAGGGCUCGAAAAGUCGGUACAAAACCAAAAAGAUGUGUUGAAACUUCGUUUUCAAAUCUUUAAUUACAAAUUUAUUCAUUCUAUGAGUCCGACAGAAUGUUCCUCUUUGGAACCACCAUUAAAUUUUAUAGAUUCUUUGCCAAAAGCUCUUCCAUGAGCUGUUUGAAAUGUCUCAGAAAUGACAUUCAAAAGCAAAGACUGAAGUUUAAAGCCGACGAAUAUAGUUUGUUAUCCAAAAAUGUUAUUAAAAAAUGCAAAAUAGAAAACCAAAAAAGUUACUGUUUAAGGAGUUUUUGAUUCUAAAGCCAUCCCAAGUAACAUUUUGAUUAGUCUAGUAGAGGAUUUUAAAACCAUCAUAAACCUUACACCUUUUAUAUUGGUUUUAUGAUGAUUGUAAGAACCUCUUCUAUUCUACUUGACUAAAAAAUGUUACUAGGGAUACUACAUAUAUGGGUAUAUAUGGUGAAGGGAAGAUGUCCUGGGUCCAAAAUAGAUGUUCAUAAAACCAAAAAUGGUGGACCAGAAUAUGGGAUGACAGAUCAAAAUUGAAGCUACUGGUCGUUAUCAUGAAGAUGACCUGUUUUCAUGCAUUUCUACAGUUAUUUAGAAAUAUCAGGCGUUUUUACCUGUAUGACGUAUACAAAAUGAAAUAUUAUUUGUCUUGCUCCAAACUCUGAGUGAUUCUUCUAAACAUGUUCAAUUUUUUGCACACCAGUGUGAGUAAGCAGGGCCAUCCACAGCGCAUAGAAAACUUCGAUAGUAGAAUGAGCAAAAUUAAAUUUAAUUCUCCUAAGUUGUUCUUUAUUCUCAUGUGUGUGAACUAACGCUACCAAUACCCGCCGGCGCGUGACGGUGGUGCUGGAUCAUUUCAGCAGACUUUUUUACCAAAGUUUAGAAAAAUUAAACUCUGAAAAGGAGGACGGUACGGGAACUUCCACGACGACGAUGAUGGUGAUGGUUAUGUAAACUCCAACGACGAUCGUAGAACACUACUCGUGUGAGUAGUGUUCUGGGGGCGAUAUGUUAAAACCAUUGGAGCAGGGCGACAUCCAGGAGUGGGCGGAAUACAUGAUAAAAAUUAAUUUUUAUUUAACGACAGCGAAAAACCGUGUGAUAGACUGCGACAGCAGUGGAUGGUGCAGCGGAGAAGCGCUAGGUGGCGCGGCAGUGCCGAUAGCUUCGAGAAACGACGGUGAAUGCAAACAGUUGUUUAAUGUAGACCAAGUAUCUGUCACUGUUCCCGUGUUUGUACUCUAGUGAGAAACCAAAGUGAUUUGACAUGCAGUCAGGUCCGAAUGUGAGACAAAUAUGAAUCAUCGAAUGAACGGGUGGAACGAAAGCCAAAAAAAGAAUAUAUUAUUGCUACUACUAAACGUUGAUAUGUAAAUGUUAAAUAACUAAACUAAGGAAAGUCCCGUUUUAUAUGCCCCGAAGAAAUUAAUAAUUGAAGAUGCUUAGCGGAUAUUUUUUAAGGUUAUGUUGGUUGGAGCGUAGCGUGGUUGGCUUAGAGGUUUUAAGAGAUGAAGUAUCGUGGGUGAGUAGAAUAAAACAAAAUGAUCAAAAAAGAUGGUGAUACGUUCAUAACAGCAGAAAUCCCAACUAAUACUCGAACGCAAACUAUGUCGCGGGUACCUCUCCAACAUGGAAAGAAAUAAUUAUUUUUGUCAACUUGAUGAUUUUGUGGCUAUAUCGGUCUCUUUCUACUCAUAGUAUAAGGGAGUAGAGAUCAAAGUGGAUAAUGAAAUGAUAGAUAUGAUAGAAUUCGCUAGGUAGCGAACAAGUGUGAAAAUUUUUAUAGAAGGUGAAAUUAGGCAAGUAGGCCAUGUAUUGAACGAAUACAUCGAAUGCGUGAAACUUCUGCCGUGCGACCUGUGCUUUUAAACAGAUCGGCUUGGUUGGUAGUUUUCAUACCACCUUACCAAGACUGGCAAAAGUUUCAGGCACCCGACUGCCUAAUGUAUUGUUCUGUUUUCAUCACAAAUUCUAUCGAUCGGUAGCUUUUUCGGAAUUCGCACUCCGUUCAUAGGGGUAUGCCUAUAUCGCGGCGUGUUCUUCCUAUUAGCUUUUUCGAUCUUAUAGGAUAGAACACUUUUCUUUUUGAGUCAAACUUUUCAUAUCAUAUGCUGAUUUAUCGACCGUAUUCUAUUAAUAACUUGAUGAUUUUGUGGCUAUAUCGGUCUCUUUCUACUCAUAGUAUAAGGGAGUAGAGAUCAAAGUGGAUAAUGAAAUCAAUUGCGCAAAUCAAUUGCGCGACUGGGAGGGGGUACUCGUCGCCGUCAUCGAUCCACGUUGAUUGCACUGCACACUCUCCAGGCAGAACGUGAUGAUGAACGAGAAUUUUAUAAAAACUCGAUUAAAAUAAACAAUCUAGCGCGUGGGAUGUGACGGCCUUCACGCGAAACAUUGCUCGAAAUUCAUUUGAUGAGCGAGCUCAUCGUCCCACGGAUCUAUUAAUUGCAAAUAUAUUGAAUCUAAUCAAUCACGGUACAAUGGGUGAUGAUUGUGAGGGAUGUCUCAAAAUUCUCGAUUCUAUCAAUUUAUAGAUAAAAAAAAUAAAGUGGGUCAGCUGUUCCGACGAAUCUAUGGCGAGUUAAAAACUUCUCCAUGUCAUAAGCCGUUAUAAAUUUCCUCUUCCUGUACUAAAUAAAUGUUCCUCUUUGGGAGCCACCAUAAAUAAUCUACAGUCUAUACCACAAACUCUUCCAAAAUUUGUUCAAGUGUCUAAGGAAUGACAUUUGAAAGCGCGGACUGGGUGUUCUCAGUUGACGAAUGUUGACGAAUUCCGAAGAGAAUAUCAAAAGUAGGCCUAAAUGCCUUUUGCUGAGAAAUUAUUUCUUGUUUUUUUUUUGAAAAUUUUGAACGAUUUUUUUUUAAGAAUAAUCCGAAGAAAUUUUUUUAAGGAGAUUCUCCGGAAAUGCCUUCAGUAUUUUCAGAAAAGUACCCAAGGAAAUGGUCUAAUGAAUGCCUUUAGAGAAUUUCAAAAAAGCCUAGACGAGUCUUUGAAGUACCUCCAAAACUUACAUCGGGAGAAAUUAUUGGACGAAUAUUAAAAAGGAUUUACUAAGAGAUUGAAACGAAUUAUUCCAGGUUUGUUUGCCGAAGGAUUUGAAAGGAUUCUUACCAUACCUAUUUGAGAAAAGUUCUGAAGAAUUUUCCAUCAUAACUUUCGAGGAGAAAUUCAUGAUAUGGAACUUUUGGUUGAAAUUCAAAGAUCUUACCAAUUACAGGUCCUCAAUUGACAUAUGCCAGAGGAUAGUUUGGUUCAAUGUUUCUUGUACUUCGUUGUGCAAUUUAUAGAGAAAUUUUUAGAUUAAACUUUAAAAAGUUCCACGUGUCUUAUUAAAAAACUAUUCUAAAAGUUCUAUAAUUUCUCUCUAGUUGUCUCCAGGAUUUUUUUUUCAACUUUCUUAGGAAUUCUUUCAGGAAAUCUUAUAAACAGGAUUCCCUCCAGAAGACUAUGAAAGAAACUCUAACAAUUCUUCUCGGAAUUUGUCCAUGAAUUUAUCUAUAAAUUGGCAUCUUUAGCGGUGUUGAGAUAAUUCCAUAUUCUGAAUCUGCAUGCGAAACUGAUCCGAAAUCCAGAUUUUCAUGAAUUUUGGUGCCCGGGAACCUAUUUAAAAAUCAAUUUGAAGUUUGUAUGGGAGCGAUUUGUCGAAUCACCCCUCGUCGCAUUUUGUACUGGGUGAAGCUGUCAAACAGCUACCCAGCUGUCAAAAGGUCAUUUCAAAAAAUCUCUUUGAAAUUGAUUUGAGGUACCAAAAUAAAGAUCUAAAAAUCUGAAAAAAAUCAUAGUGGCUCAGAAAAAGGUGCUCUUUCGUAUAAGAUCAAAAAAUCGAUACAUUUUUCUUAAUUUAAAAACCCAAUUCCUUCAGGUAUUCCCCUAUGAAUUCCUACAUGAAGAACAAGGAAUUCAUCCAGUAUUUUCUUAAGAAUUUCUUUGGAAUUUCUUCUCGUAAUUUUUCCAGAAGAUUUGAAAGUAGACUUUCGCAAAUUCCUAUGAAAAUUUUUCAAAAAUUUUGUGGAAAUUGUUGAAGUUAUUUUUUUAAAUAAAUGCUUUAAGAUUUCCUGAAGGACGUUCAGGAGAAUAACUGGGAAUAUUUUCGGAGGAAAUCCAAAAAAAUGUUACAGCAUUUUUUUAGGAAUAACUUCCAAAGGUCUCUCUCCUCUUGGCGUAACGUCUUCACUGGGACAAAGCCUGCUUCUCAGCUGUUCAAUGAGCACUUCCACAGUUUUUAACUGAGAGCUUCCUCUGCCAAUGACCAUUUUUGCAUGUGUAUAUCGUGUGGCAGGCACGAAGAUACUCUAUGCCCAAGGAAGUCAAGGAAAUUUCCUUUACGAAAAGAUCCUGGACCGACCGGGAAUCGAACCCGUCACCCUCAGCAUGGUCAUGCUGAAUACCCGUGCGUUUACCGCCUCGGCUAUAUGGGCCCAAAGUGUUUAUUUUAUAAAUGAAUGAAUAUUUCUGAAACAAAAACCGAGAGAGCUUCCAAAGUGAUGCCUGAAAAAUUCCUGAAAAGAAAUC